AGAAAGCUACUCCUGUGCAUCCGUCAGCCUUUUUCGGUUCUCAUCUGCAAAUUCCAUUGGCCACGAAGACGCCGGUCAGAGCUGAUCUUUGCAGGCAAACCCAAAGGGGCCCAGAACCUGUCCUUGAUGCAACAGGUGUGUUGGAGGAGGGAAGCGUGGAAAACGAGCCUGCUUGGGGCCCAGGUGAAUGUGCUUGCAGUGACUCGCUGUCACGCCGGAGGUCGCCGUUUCCUCCGUUUCACCUGUGCUGUGAUGUCGACGCCGGCCUGAAAGCCACAUCGCGGAGGGACGGACCGACGGACAACAACAAGAGUCAGACGACGACACGCCGGAGCGGGAGAUGGAGCGUACCGAGGGGACAUGCGACGCCCUGUGAAGGAAGAGGAGGAAGCACGACGGAAAAGCGUCACAUCCCCCCCGGGCCUCGAACCUUUUCGUCGGCGAGCCGUCAUGCCGCGCCACCGCCGCCGCCGCGGCGGAGAGAAGACGACCGGGGAUUGACCGUCACCGGCCGGCCGAGCCUCAGGCGCCUGCGAUGACUCGGCUCCCGUUUUUCCUGACGCGCUGACCGUGGUCCGGGUGCCGCCGCCAUGCUGAUCAAGGAGUACCGCAUCCCCAUGCCCAUGAGCGUGGACGAGUACCGCAUCGCUCAGCUCUACAUGAUACAGAAAAAGAGCCGCGAGGAGAGCUGCGGCGAGGGCAGCGGCGUGGAGAUCCUGGAGAACAAACCGUACCGGGACGGGCCCGGAGGCUCGGGCCAGUACACCCGCAAGGUGUACCACAUCGGCAAGCACAUCCCGUCCUGGUUUUGCUCCAUCCUGCCUCAGGCCGCCCUGCGCGUGGAGGAGGAGUCCUGGAACGCCUACCCUUACACGCGCACCAGGUACACGUGUCCCUUCGUGGAGAAGUUCUCCAUUGACAUCGAGACGUACUACAUGCCCGACACCGGCGACCAAUCGGACGUCUUCGGUCUGUCUUUGGCUGAGAAGAGACAAAGGACAGUGGACCCCAUCGACAUCGUCAAGGACUACAUCGCUCCCCACGAGUACCUGGCAGAAGAAGACCCCCGACUGUACCGCUCGCUCAAGACCGGGCGAGGCCCGCUCUCCGAAGACUGGAUCCAGGAGAUCAACCGAAGUCCGGGCGACCGCUCGGUCAUGUGCGCCUACAAGCUGUGCAAAGUGGAGUUCCGCUACUGGGGCAUGCAGUCCAAGAUCGAGCGCUUCAUCCACGACGUGGGUCUGCGUAAAGUGAUGGUGCGAGCCCACCGCCAGGCGUGGUGCUGGCAGGACGAGUGGUACGGCCUCACCAUGGAGGACAUCCGGCAGCUGGAGCUGGAGACGCAGCUGGCCCUGGCCAAGAAGAUGGCCCAGUACAGCCUCGGCGAGGAGGGCGGCCCCGAGACCAACGGCCGCCCGGCCCCUCAGGACCGGGAGCCGGGGGCCGCCGCCGAGGCCGAGGCCGGCGAAGACAAACCGGCCGGAGUGCCGGACACCCGGGGCGAGCUCACCAAGCAGUGGUCCACGUCGUCCAGAUCCUCCAACAGGUCAUCCAAGAGAGGCGGGAGUCCUUCUCACCACAGCCUGAGCGAGUGGAGGAUGCAGAGCAUCGCGCGGGAAUCCGACGAUAGCACGGAUGACGAAUUCUUUGACGCGCACGACAGCUUCUCUGACGGCGAGGAGGCCUUCCCCAAGGAGAUCACCAAGUGGAACUCCAACGACCUGAUGGACAAAAUGGACAGCAUGGAAGUGGACGAGGUUCAAGGUGAGGCGGCGGCCACCUUGGCCUCACCCGCGGCGUGGCGGGUCUCCAUCGCCGGUGACGCGCAGCCUUUGUGUCACAGAGUCGCGCCUCAGCGGUGUCUUCAGCCGUCCAAAAUCCACGUCCUGAUUCUCGUCCUGCACGGAGGAAAUAUUCUGGACACGGGCUCAGGCGAGCAGAACAGCAAGCAAGGUGACGUCAACACGCUGAGCGGCGCCUUUGAGACGGUGAUGAGGGUUCACUACCCGACGGCGCUGGGCCGGGUCGCCAUCCGCACCGUGCCGUGUCCCGCCGUCUGCGUGGAAGCCUUCUCGCUGGUGUCCAACCUGAGCCCGUACAGCUACGACGAGGGCUGCCUGUCCAGCAGUCAGGAUCACAUCCCGCUGGCCGCGCUGCCUCUCCUCGCCACGUCGGCGCCGCAGUACCAGGAUGCCGUGGCCGCCGUCAUCCUCAGAGCCAAUCAGGUCUACGCCGACUUCAUCAGGUCGCUGGAAGGAGCGUCCUUCAACGGACAGGUGUGUGUGAUCGGCGACUGCGUGGGAAGCAUCCUCGGCUUCGAUGCGCUGUGCAGUAGUUCUGUCCUGGUGCUGGAAAGUCCAAACUGCAGCAGGCGGGGCAGCGCCAUCAGCGUGCAGGACACGGAGCUGCUUUCCCCCGGCAUCGUCAUCAACAGCGCCUCGCCGUCGUCGCCGUCCCUGGAGGCCAGUCGACACCUGAGCCGGAGUAACAUCGACAUCCCUCGAUGCUCGGGGCCCGACGAACUCAAGAAGCAGCUGCCGCGCAAACGCAGCGACUCCUCCACCUACGAGCUCGACACCAUCAAGCAUCAUCAGGCCUUCCUGUCCAGCCUGCACUCCAGCGUGAUCCACGCCGAGUCCUGCUCUCGCCGCUCCAGCGGCAGCACCAUGCUGGAGGGAGGAUCCCUGGGCAAGUUCGACUUUGAGGUGACGGACUUCUUCCUCUUCGGAUCUCCUCUGGGCCUGGUGCUCGCCCUGCGGAAGACGGUGGUGCCCUCGUUGGACGUGACGGCUCUGCGUCCGGCCUGCCGGCAGGUGUACAACCUGUUCCACCCGGCAGACCCGUCGGCCUCCCGCCUGGAGCCUCUGCUGGACAAACGCUUCCACCUGCUCCCCCCCUUCUGCGUCCCCCGAUAUCAGCGAUUUCCUCUGGGGGACGGACACUCGGCUCUCCUGGCGGAGACGGUGCAGAGCAACCCUCAGCUCCUGAUGGAGCCGGCGCUUCAUCGCGGUCAGGAGACGGGCGUGAACGAGACCUGCAUCCCCGUGCCCGUCCUCAACUGGCCCUCCUCCGCGGACGGCAACGCUCCCGCGUGCCCGGCCCCGUCCGCGUCCCCCGGGCUCCCUCACAUCCGCUGCCACCGCCGAGCGAGCGAGGCCAGCCUGGCGAGCCAGGUGUCGGGCCUGGCCGACUCCUACGCCGCCUCCAACGUCGCCAACAUUGCGUCCCGCUGGUGGGGCAGCAAGCGGAUGGACUACGCCCUCUACUGCCCCGACGCCUUGACGGCGUUCCCCACCGUGGCCCUGCCGCAUCUCUUCCACGCCUCCUACUGGGAGUCCACGGACGUGGUGUCCUUCCUCCUCCGACAGGUGAUGAGGCACGAGAACUCCGGAAUUCUGGAGUUGAAUGGGAAGGAGGUGUCGGAGUUCACGCCGUCCAAGCCCAGGGAGAAGUGGUUGCGCAAACGCACUCAUGUGAAAAUUCGGAACGUGACGGCCAACCACCGCGCGAGUGACGCCGUGUUCACCGAGGACGGCGCCCAGACGCUGACCGGUCGCUUCAUGUACGGGCCGCUGGACAUGGUGACGCUUACGGGAGAGAAGAUCGACAUUCACAUCAUGACGCAGCCUCCGUCGGGCGACUGGGUCUACUUCGACACGCAGCUCACCAACGGCGGCGGCCGUGUCUCGUACGCGCUCCCCGACAACAAGCGGCUGGGCAUCGGGGUGUAUCCCGCCAAGAUGGUGGUCAGGGGCGACCACACGUUUGCCGACAGCUACCUCACCGUGGUGCCGCGCGGGACCGAGUUUGUGGUGUUCAGCAUCGACGGCUCCUUCGCCGCCAGCGUGUCCAUCAUGGGCAGUGACCCCAAGGUGCGAGCGGGUGCCGUGGACGUGGUCAGGUACUGGCAGGACCUGGGCUACCUGAUCGUGUACGUGACGGGGCGUCCCGACAUGCAGAAGCAGCGCGUGGUGGCGUGGCUGUCGCAGCACAACUUCCCGCACGGCGUGGUCUCUUUCUGCGACGGCCUGGUUCACGACCCGCUGCGCCACAAGGCCAACUUCCUCAAGUGCCUCGUCGGCGAGGCCCAAAUGCGGAUCUUCGCCGCCUACGGCUCCAGCAAGGACAUUUCGGUGUACGCCAACGUCGGCCUACCGCCGUCGCACAUCUACAUUGUGGGAAGACCCACAAAGAAGAUGCAGCACCAGUGUCAGUUCAUUCCAGACGGCUACGCCUCGCACCUGUCCCAGCUGGAGUACAACCAGCGUUCCCGUCCCGCCAAGCCGGCCAGCGCCCGCAUGGUCCUGCGAAAAGGCAGCUUUGGCCUGGGCGCCGCCUCGGGAGACUUCCUGCGCAAGCGCAACCACAUCUUCCGCACUAUUUCCUCGAAGCAGCCCGGCGGGCCGCCGUCCGGCUCGCCCAAGCCCCCGGGCCGGACGGAGCGAACGCAGAGCCAGUGCGAGACGGAGCGCAACGUGACGGCGGCGGCGGGCGCGGCGCAGCGCAGCAUGAGCGUGGCGGCCGGAUGCUGGGCACGCAGUGGAAGCGCCAAGGAGGGAAGCGCCGGCUCGUGCGGCCCCAAAUGAGCUGGAUGGAGCCCCCGUGAUCCCCGACAGGGAGCGGACUCGAGGCGACUGUGUAGCGUGACUCUUUUCCACUAACACUUUUAUAGAGGAGACGACAAGGGAGCUUUCAAUCCAUUGAUGUAACGAGCCUUAAGCUAACCUCAUUCACGACACAUCCGUACCGAAUCUACACAUUUUCUACUGCACAAAGGCAGACCUCCCACUCAACGUAACAGCUCAGGUUCAUUUGUUUGACGCACGUCGCCGCGGCAACGCGCUCUUCGUUUCUUUUGGAAAGCGCUUUGAGCAUUUAUUCAUUUCUUUGACAUUCAAUUGGAGCUCCAUUGUUCCUCUGCUCUAUUUUGUCCCUUUGUGGCAUUUAAACUUUCACAAAUUGUGAAAAAAAGCCAAUGCCGAGGAGCUGAAAA